GCCCGUGGGCAGCGGGGCUCCUUCUUCUUCCUCUCCCCUUUCCCUCUGUGCGGGGACUUUGGCCGUGCGGAGCCGCCGCCCUUCCCCGGAGCAGCAGGACUGGGAACUGCCUUCCCCGGACGUUGAUAAAACAAAUAUGUUUCCUCUCAUACAACGAUGCUGCUUCCACACAUCUUUCAGACUCCAGAAGUUAACGGGUCCCAGGCUGCUGCUCCGUGCAGAGAAUAAGACAACUUGGUCUUCCCUUGGCCUCUGGCUCCGGAGGGAUGUGUGUCCUCUCUCAAGACCUCCAAGCCUCAAACCAGCAUCAGUUUAUGCAACCCAGCUCCAGGCUUUUCACACCUCUCUCCCUGUCUCCAAGAAGAAAAAGCCUCCAGAAUCUGAGACGGAAUCCGAAAAAAGCAAGGAAUCCCUGAAGGACGUUCCCAAGCCGGCCCUUUACCUGAGCCUGGGGGGGCUGGUUCCCUUUGUGAUGGCACCACUGGCCAUGGUCAUCCAGGGCACCUACUACCCCGAGGUGGCCUUUGCUCAGGUCACAUACGGUGCUGUGACAGCCUCUUUCCUGGGGGGAAUGAGGUGGGGCUUUGCCCUUCCGGAAAACAGCCCAGCCAAGCCAGACUGGCUGAACCUGGCUAAUAGUGUCGUUCCUCCUGUGUUUGCCUGGCAGGCCUUGCUCUUCAAGGAUGCCACCUUGGGAGCAGUGAUGGUGGUGAUGGCCUUGGGGAUAGCUCUGCAUUAUGACAUUGCCCUUCUUCCCCCUUACCCGAGAGGCUUUAAAAGACUGAGGGUGUGGGGAACAGUGGUGAUGGUGUUAUCCCUAUUGGCCACUGCAGCACUGAAGCUCAUUUUCGAGGUGCAGAGACUUGAAGGCAGAGAUAAAUGGCAGAACACAAAAUAAUAAAUCAAUAGGGAAAAGAUAUUGUCUGCCAGUAAGAUAUUUGCAUGGAGUUCCAGGAGAAAUAAAGAACUGAUUUGUGCUUAGAAGUGAUGAUGGCAGGGAUCAAGAUGCUUACUCUCAAAGCAAACUUGAUUUUCCUACUGACUUUCGAGCUAGUUUAGGAGGGAAGGAUUGCAAAUAGCAAUGACUUCCAAGGUAAACGGGAGUCUGUCCUUAUCCAUGGAAUAAGGAAUCACUCUUUAACGAGAUAUUGCUGUCAUAGGAAUUUCAAAUGGAGAUUCAAAAUGAUGUGGGUAUGAAUUGCUGUAGGCUGAAUUAUUAAAGUAUCUGGUUUAACUAUAAUGUGUGAUCAUGUUCUGAGAUGGGGAGGACAACUGUGUGGUCACAAACAGUAACAAGGUGAAAGCAGUUGUAGUUUGGUGCUUAAAGCAGCAGCAGAGAACUGUGCACAAGCACAUCCGUGUUCAGUUCCUGUGUUCUGGAACAAGACUCCUAUUUCCCCUGAGAAGGUGCUGAAAAUCACGGAAUCAUUUGGGUUGGAAGGGAUCUUAAAGAUCAUCUCAUUCCAACCCCCCUGCUGUGGACAGGGACACCUUCCACUCGACCAGGCUGCUCAGAGCUCCAUCCAGCCUGAACACUUCCAGGGAUGCUGUGUGAGGAAGUGCUCUGUAGAGUCAGUAAGAAAGGACAGGUGAGGUUUGUUUGCAGGGCAAGCCAAGGUCAGCACUCACCUAAUUUGUGUCAUUCAGUUGCUGUGCUGGAGUGGGGAAAGCUGAAGGGGGAGCUUUGUAUCUUUGACAAGGCACCAGAGAAGACAGAAGGUCAACUUCCUGCUCAGGCUUACUGAAAUAAAAAAGGAUAUGUGGGCCACCUGCUCUGAGGUUUUGUUUGGAAUUAGGGCUGCCCAGCAAAGGAAGCUGCAUGCAACACAGCCAUGAAGAUCUGUCACACUCCUAAAUUAAAGCACUGCAAACUGAUGUUAUACACACAGACAGAGGUACAGUAGGACACAAGGACUCCAGUGCUGGCACUAAGGGAUUAGUUAAGGGAUUGAAAGUAGUUUGUGUCUUGUCCCUCCUAAGAAUCCAUACAUUUGAGCACCCAGAACAGGUACAGAUGCAUUUGUAGUCUGCAAACCCUCCAUGAUGGGCCUGUUACUGAAACCCCUGCAGAAGCAGAUGGCCUUUGUACUUCAGUCUUCCUAAUACAUCAUUUAGUGGAAGAAGUCACGUGGAUUCUCUUCUCUAGUCUCAGGUACCUCCAGAAAGCUAUGAAAUUGUAUGUGAGCAUGUUUAUUGUAAGCUUUUAAUUGUAAGUCUUUAAGUACAGUACAAUAUGCAAGAAAGCUGAAAAGUGACGUCCACACACGGUUUUAGGACCAGAUGAUCCUUGCAGUUGUUUAAAUCACUAACCUUUGUUGUUCUACCCGGACUAAAGCACAUACUGUCACUUAAACUUUGUUCAUUCUGCAAAGAACAGAGGUUUAAGAAGCCUGCCUGUCCUGGAGAUAGAGCCAUCUUGUAUGAUAUUGCUGAAACAGCAGCUCUGUACACCAGCCUCUCACUUUGGCAACCUGUCAACUUUUGUAUGUUAACAGCAUCAUCCCUCUGAAACAAAAAUAAAAUUGAGUUUAUGAACUAAAA